GUGAGGGGAGGGGGAGGGUGAAGGAGCCUCCUGUCGUCAGGCAAAGAGCUGCAGAGCCUGCUGGUAAAAGCGAAGGGAACCAUGUAGUGUUCAUUUCUCCACCCAGGGGGGAGGGUAGAUUUGAGUUGAGUUUUUUUCCAUAGAUUUUAGUGUGAGAGUGUUUUAUGUCAGCCAGAGAGGAGAUGGUCCUCCACACCUCUCCCUACUCCAGUGCCUUCCUGCGGUGCCUCACUAGCCUGUCAUGGGGCUUCAUCUUCCCCUGCUACUGGCUGCUGGACCGCCUGCUGUCCUCCUGUGUGGCCACCUCUCUGGAAAAGCGCCGGCGCUCCCAGGACCCCUGCUCCUUCGUGACGCUGUAUGUGCUGGUGUCCACCCCGCUCUACCUGCUGCUCCUCCUGGCCUCGCUGCCCUUCGCUCUGCUGGGCUUCCUGCUGUGGGCUCCCCUGCAGGCGGCCCGCCAUCCAUAUCUCUACACCCACCACCGCCCAGACAAGCACCAGGCCGAGCAGGGGGGCGAGGCUUCACUGGCCGACUGGAGGCCGCAGGGCCGCAGCUUCUGCUUCGGCAGUGCCAACGUGUGCCUACUGCCAGACUCCCUGGCACGCUUCAACAACCUGUCUGAGACCCAGCGCCGCGCCCGCGAGGUGGGCAAGCGUAUCCGUAAUGGGGCCAGCCGGCCGCAGAUCAAGAUUUACAUCGACUCCCCAACCAACACCUCCAUCAGCGCUGUCUCCUUCAGCAGCCUGGUCACGGGGUUCCGACGCACCUCCUCACUGGACCAGCGGCCUGACAACACAGCCGAGGCCGAGACCGAACCCCUCACUGAGUGCCCUGUACACAACGCUGGUGCAGACUGCCCAAUACACACUGCCGGUGCAGACUGCCCCAUACCCACCGCCGGUGCCGACUGCCCCAUACACCCAACAGGGGAACAGAGCUCCUCAGAUUGUCCCGUCCACGUAGCUGGUGGAGAGAACACACCAGAGUGCCCGCUUCACACUGCUGGUGCCCAGAACAGCUCUGACUGCCCUGUUCACAACACAGGGGCCCAGAACUCCCCAGACUGCCCUAUGCACACCUCAGGGGUCCAGAUCAGUAUCAGUGCCCCAGAGCCAGACCCCCCAGAGGCAGAGACAGGAAACUACCAAGGCGAGGGUGACGCAGAGAGCCUGACAGGGGGGAUGUCUUCUAACAACACCCUGUCCCACCGCACCUCCAUGUUCAAGAAGCACACCGGCCGCAAGCGGCGCCAAGGCGACGAUGGCAUCGACCACGAGAUCUCAGCCUUCUUCCCUGCCAACCUGGACUUCCUGUGUCUGCAGGAAGUGUUUGACCACCGGGCCACGUCCAGGCUGAGGCGGCAGCUGCACCACUACUUCCCCUACAUCCUGAGUGAUGUGGGCCGCUACGCCUGGAAGGGCUGCUGCUCCCGCUUCAAGUUCCUCAACAGCGGCGUCAUGCUGGCCAGCCGCUACCCCAUCCUGGACGCCCACUAUGAGUGCUACCCCAACGGGCGAGGGGAAGACGCCCUAGCAGCCAAAGGAGCCCUCUUUGUCAAGGUUAGGUGUUUUUUCUGUCUCUACUAAUGAUAGCAUUGGCAAGUGCUGUAAAUUAAUCGCUGUAAGUGUGAAAAAGGCUGAAGGAAUGAUCAUAAUUAGGGUAAUACUUUGAGUGUUAAAAAUGUGUUACUGCCUCUUAUUGGACCAGAUCAUUGGUAAAGGAGCUAAAUGUCCUCCAGGCUGCAUCCUCACAUCUGGCUGCUUUUUGGGGUUGGAUCUGUUUCCACUGUUGUUGGACGGAUAUAUUCAACCUUACUGUUGCAGAAACUUUGUGAACACAACGAAGUUGAAUUAUUUAGGCAUAGUUCCCUGUACCCUUGGCUUGGGGGGAGUUGAAAGUUGAAAAUCUCUCUUGCAAUUUUUGCAGAGACCAGGAUGAAAGAAAUGCCCUUUUUUUAUUCAGUCUCAAAUUAAAUAAUACAUUACUGUAGACCUUUUCAUUUGAGGGUUGCAGAUAUGUGUCUACCCUCUGUUCAGAGGGUGGUGUCAUUUCUGCAGUCUUUUCAAUUCCCAUAUCUAGCCUAUAGUAUGUCUUUGAUUAUAAUUUGGUGGGCUGUCUAUUUAUACUGUGACAGUAUUUCUGAAGUGCUAAAACAAGGAAUUCAAGUGUGAAUUAGCACAGGUCAACAGGAGCAAAUUGUAGCCUAUUCAAUAUUUUUAAGGAUCAUCUUCUGUUAUAGCUGUUUUCGGGCUUUCGAGUUGCUCCAGAACUACAGACCACUGCUAUUUCAAAACAUGAAUUAAGUCAUAUUUAGCUAGUCUGCCCAUUUCCAGUAUUGAGCUUUAGUAGUUUUCUGGUGUGGCAGCGCCAUGCCGUGAGCUGCGGGUGACUGACGAGGCUCUCUGUGUCGACUCCAUUGGGGAGAGUGAUGACAGGCAGAGCAAAGCAGAGUUUGGGUUCAUUGAUCACUAACCUGCGAGGUUAGGGCUGUGUGGCUGUAGUUGUGUGGCUGUAGUUGUGUGGCUGUAGUUGUGUGGCUGUAGUUGUGUGGCUGUAGUUGUGUGGCUGUAGUUGUGUGGCAGUAGUUGUGUGGCUGUAGUUGUGUGGCUGUAGUUGUGUGUGGCUGUAGUUGUGUGGCUGUAGUUGUGUGGCUGUAGUUGUGUGGCUGGGGCUGUCUGGCUGUAGUUGUGUGGCUGUAGUUGUGUGGCUGUAGUUGUGUGGCUGGGGCUGUCUGGCUGUAGUUGUGUGGCUGUAGUUGUGUUGCUGUAGUUGUGUGGCUGUAGUUGUGUGUCUGGCUGUGGCUGGGGCUGUGUCCUGGGUUGUGUCCCAAAUGGAACCCUAUUCCCUUGGUGCCAUUUGGGAUGCAUCCCUGGUUCUGGUUGGCCUCCAGGUCCUGCUGGGGCAGCUCAGCAGUUCUCAGCCUGAAGGUGAUGAUGGGUCUGGGAGACACUGGGAGGCUGUCUACAAGCCUGCUAAGUUCUGUAGGCACCUUUUAGUUCCACCACUCUGACAACCAUGUUCAAUAUCUCCCCCUGCUGCUUAUUGAUUCAGAUAACAAGCUCCUAUGGCUUUGCCUCUAAGUACCUCCCUCCCUCCUCCGUAGGGUCAUUCUGGGUCAUCAUCUCACUCUCUCUAGAGCUCAUGUAGGACUGACCCUUAGCUUCAGGGUCCUCGUGCAGUUUGACCCCACAGACUAGUAGGCUUUAGAAAGAAUGAUGUAUCCAAGAGGUCUUUCUCUGCAAGCUUGGGAGUCUUGUGACCAAACAAAUAUUAUCAAACCACAAGGUCAUUUUCCUCUAACAAUGUACGUUCUUAGCAGACCUACAUGAAGUGAAAGUGGCAGAUUUCAUUUGCAAUACAAAGUGACAAACUCAGACAUUACAAAGACGAGCACUGGAGGCAAAGGGAGGGAGGGAGGGUAGCGGGUGUGUAGAGAUACACAAUUAAUUAAAAAUGUCUCCCUGAAGAGUGAGCAACCCAGUAAUUAAAGCCUUUCUGUCUCAACAUUUAUCCCUCUUAUUAUUAUUUAAAACAGCAAAGUGCAAGGUUGAGGGAAGAGUGUGUGAGUGAGUGUGUGUGCAUGCGUGCGAGAGAGCUUGCGUCUUUGUGCAUGCUUGUGCCUGUUUGUGUUGAGUUUGAAUACAUUACAGAGAAAACCUUAAAACAGGCCCACUCAAAGUACACAUUGAGUGGAAAUAAAUUAAAGAAAUAAACUCUUAGCUUCUCCCUUUGCUUUUAAUGACCAAGAACUCCUCUCAGUGCUGAGGUCAACUCCAUUAAUAUAAAUUACCUUCCUUCCUGGGGAUAAAGGGCAUUGCUUUUACUCUGCCUGUGUCGAUGUGAAAGUCUAUCUAAGCAUUGGACACAGUAAUGAGGUACAGUAGAGGUCUUUGCUCCUCUCUCUAGCCUCCAUGUUGAGAGAGAAAAAGGUCUGGUUGCAGGAGAAUUUAAAGCUGGUCACAUACACUACAUUACCAAAAGUAUGUGGACACCUGCUAGUCGAACAUCUCAUUCCAAAAUCAUGGACAUUAAUAUGGAGUUGGUCCCCCCUUUGCUGCUAUAACAGACUCCACUCUUCUAGGAAGGCUUUCCACUAGAUGUUGGAACAUUGCUGUGGGACUUGCUUCCAUUCAGCAACAAGAGCAUUAGUGAGGUCGGGCACUGAUGUUGGGCGAUUGAGCCUGACUCGCAGUCGGCAUUCCAAUUCAUCCCAAAGGUGUUCGAUGGGGUUGAGGUCAGGGCUCUGUGCAGGCCAGUCAAGUUCUUCCACACUGAUGUCGACAAACCAUUUCUGUAUGGAACUCGCUUUGUGCACAGGGGCAUUGUCAUGCUGGAACAGGAAAGGGCCUUCACCAAACUGUUGCCACAAAGUUGGAAGCACAGAAUUGUCUAGAAUGUCAUUGUAUACCGUAGCGUUAAGAUUUCCCUUCACUGGAACUAAGGGGCCUAGCCGAAACAUGAUAAACAGCCCCAGACCAUUAUUCCUCCUCCACCAAACUUUACACUAUGCAUUGGGGCAGGUAGUGUUCUCCUGGCAUCCGCCAAACCCAGAUUAGUCCGUCGAACUGCCAGAUGGUGAAGCGUGAUUCAUCACUCCAGAGAACGCAUUUCCACUGCUCCAGAGUCCAAUGGCGGCAAGCUUUACACCACUCCAGCCAACACUUGGCAUUGUGCAUGGUGAUCUUAGGCUUGCCGCCAUUGGACUCUUAGGCUUGCCGCUCCCGACAAAAAGUUAUUGUGCUGACGUUGCUUCCAGAGGCAGUUUGGAACUCUGUAGUGAUUGUUGCAACCGAGGACAGACGAUUUUUACGGCAGUCCCAUUCUGUGAGCUUGUUUAGCCUACCACUUCACGGCUGAGCCGUUGCUGCUCCUAGACAUUUCCACUUCACAAUAACAGCACUUACAGUUGACCGGGGCAGCUCUAGCAGGGCAGAAAUGUGACGAAUUGACUUGUUGGAAAGGUGGCAUCCUACGAUGGUGCCAUGUUGAAAGUCACUGAGCUCUUCAGUAAGGCCAUUCUACUGCCAAUGUUUGUCUAUGGAGAUCGCAUGGCUGUGUGCUCAAUUUUAUGCACCUGUCAGCAACGGUGUGGCUGAAAUAGCCAAAUCCACUUAUUUAAAGGGUUGUCUCCAUACAUUUGUAUAUAUAGUGUAUCUAGUCCUUUGGGUUCAAAUGGAACGUUUACCCUCCUACAAGUAUACUCAAGAUACAUGGAAUUCAAAUGAUCAUAAUCAUCAUUAUAAUUUAUUUAUUUUCUAACACAAACAGCGACGCACACGCUUGUGCACACACACACACAUACACACACACACACAAGCGGCUCUAGAUACAUGACCAUGAUUCCCUUUAGGCCUGUCAGUUUUAGAGCACACACCUACCGAAGCAUGGAUAAGCCUCUGAAAUAUUCAUACACAGGGACACCGGCAGAGAAAGAGAGAGAAGUGAAAAGAGAGAGAAAGAGAAUGAGGAACAGGAACAGAGGGUAAGAGAGUUGGAAAGGGAGCGGUUAUAAAGACUGGGUGAGGGAAUGUACAGUGCAUGUGUCAGGCCAAGUGGACAGGUGAUGGCUGGACACAGGGUUUACUGCUUCUUUAUUGAAUUAAUGCUGCAAAUCUUUGUGGAGGAAAAAAUGUCACAGAAUGUAUUAUGUUGUAGUCUAAAAUGUAACCUUUGCAUUUCAUUUUGGUCCUAAGCGUUUUCUAUGAGGGCCUUGUCGGUGAGACCAAGCCAAGACUGCGAUCAAGUGAUUGGAUGACUGCACAGUGACUGAACAGAGAGCUUGAACACACUGUAAUCAAAUCUAAUCAAACCUGCAAUAGCCCUGAUCACAGAGGAGACCUAUUCAAAAAGUCCUGAAAGAUCUUAGAUAGACCAUUUCUGACACUAGGUAACACUUCAGAACACUGCACAUUUCCAACCCACUCAAUCCAAUACUCUAGUCCAGGGGUGUCAAAUGUCCGGCCCGCGGGCCGGAUCAGGCCCGCAAACGGGUUUAAUCCGGCCCGCGAGAUGCUAAAAAAAAAAAUAUAUAUAUAUAUAAAUAAAUUAAUAAUAAUUUUGUAAAGUAUAAAAAUGCGCUGCCAUUUUUCAAUAAAAUAAACUGCUGUUCCAAUUGUGUCCACUGGAUGGCGCAAUAGCAAUUGUGUUAAGCAAGCAAACUGUUUAUACCGGGGCAGAGCAAGUAGGUCAAGCACGUGCAGCCAAUGAGCUACUUUGUUUUGCCCGCAAUAUUUAUUACGGCUUCUACUUUUAACAUUAUGUGCUUUGGCACCCUCAUUGCCCCAAUAUGUCUCUGUCAAAAAAGAGAAAAGUGGACGCAGAGUGCAGAGUGUUCCAAGAAAAAUGGUCAUCCUAUUUAUUCACGGAAUUGAAUGGGAAAGCUGUAUGUUUGGUGUGUUCAGAGCAUGUUGCAGUGCUGAAAGAAUAUAACCUUUGUCGCCACUAUGUGAGUCUUCAUGCCGACAAAUAUGACAACUUUCAAGGACAGCGGAGAUGAGAGAAGGUGAAUGAACUGUUGGCGGGUCUGAAGAAACAGCAGUCUGUGUUUACUCACAGCCGAGACAUCAGUGACGCUGCAGUGAAAGCUAGCUACCUCAUUGCUAAUGAAAUCGCAGUGGCUUCAAAACCAUUUAGUGAGGGUGAAUUUGUAAAAACAUGCAUGAUGAAGGCAGCGGAGAUUGUGUGCCCUGAAAAGCGGCAGGCUUUUGCAAAUAUCAGCCUGACAAGAAACACAGUUGCAGACAGGAUUUCCGAUCUUUCAGUGGAUUUGGACAGCCAGUUGAAGCAAAAAGUAAAGUCAUUUAUUGCGUUUUCGGUUGCAAUUGAUGAAAGCACGGACAUUACAGAUGUUGCACAACUGGCCAUUUUCAUCCGCGGAGUUGAUGACACAUUGACCGUCACGAGGAGUUCGUGGAGUUGGUGCCGAUGACAGAUACAACGACAGCAGCUGAUAUUUUUACCGCACUCGUCGGCGCGCUGAACAGGGUCGGAGUGGACUGGUCCCGCGCUGUCAGCCUGGCUACAGAUGGUGCGCCCUCAAUGAUCGGGAUAAAAGCAGGCGUUGUGACAAAGUUCAGAGAGAAAGUGCAAUCUGCAAAUGGAGGACGUGAUUUUUUGACUUUUCACUGUAUUUUGCACCAGGAGGCUUUGUGUUGCAAGUCAUUAAAGAUGGAUAACGUCAUGAAGGUGGUCAUCCAAACUGUUAAUUUCAUCCGAUCCAGAAGCCUGAAUCACCGUCAGUUUGACAGCCUUCUCAGAGAGAAAGGCCACAUCUAUGGCCUGCCAUACCACACUGAGGUAAGAUGGUUAAGCCGAGGUGCUGUGCUGAGGCGUUUCUUUGAUUUACGAGAAGAAAUUGAACAGUUCAUGGAAGAAAAGGGCAAACCAGUGUUAGAAUUUCAUUCCGCAGAAUGGAUGCAGGACCUUGCAUUUAUGGUGGAUGUUACAGAGCACCUGAAUAACUUGAACAAACAGCUGCAAGGGCGCAACAAAGUUGUCACGCAGUAUUAUGACAGCAUACGUCCUUUCAAGUUGAAGCUGUCAUUGUGGGAGACGCAACUUGCCGGUGGUGAUGCAGCUCACUUCCCCUGUCUGAAAAAUGUGUGCUCGCGCACACAUUUUUCAGACAGGGGAAGUGAGCUGCAUCACCACCGGCAAGUUGGUGAGACAUGUGGCAGACAUGAAGCGGUUCAAAGAUAAAAUAACGGGACUGUUACGGGAGUUUGAGCAACGCUUUCAGAUUUAUGUUUAUAUGUUUUUAUGUUGAUGUGCUAUUGUUUUUAAUUGAUUUUAUUUUAUUUGUAUAUUAUUGAGAAAUGACACCCUGAUAUAGUUCUGUGAUCUGUGAAACAGUUCUGUGAAUCACUGAGGCAUUGUGUGUUUGUGUGUUCUUUUUCUUUAGAAUUUUCAAAUAAACUUGACGUGUUUUAUGAUUAAUAGUGAUGUUGUGCUUGUACUAUUUUGGACACACUGUCCUCAGGCUCCAGCUUUAUGUUGUAUGUUGAUCGAAUUAAAACAAAGAAAACAAUCUGAAGUUGUUGUUUUUAAGUUAUAUAUACCAUGAUUUUUCCAGUCCGGCCCACUUGGGAAUAGAUUUUCCUCCAUGUGGCCCCUGAGCUAAAAUGAGUUUGACACCCCUGCUCUAGUCCAUCCCCAUUAUCUGCACCCCACUAUGUAGUCCACACACCCCUGACACUCAACAGCACCAGUCUAUCCAUUCAGUAUAUCCAUUUUUGGCCCUGGCUCACAGGCCCAGAGUAAUCUGCAGUAAAAGCCUCUCCAUUCAUUCCAGGAUCAUCAGUGUUUCUAUGGCCAAUUCAGGGCUGUAAAUCGAAACAGUGACGGACAGACUGUCUCCACUGAGGGGAUUUCAAACAGGGACAAUGUCAGAGAAACGGGUGUUAGAGAGGGGAGACAAGACGGAGGGAGGGAGGGGAGACAGAUGGAGAGUUAGUGUUUUUGGAUUGGGCCAAUGACAGAGAAAGUGAGGAGCAGAAAGGAGGAUCAAAAGGGGGACAGUGAAUAAAGAAGAAUGGGCAGCAUCGAGACAGAAAUAGACCUGUAGAUGUACAGGUUACUUUAAUAUAUGAUAUUAUGUGGUAUUACAUGUUUUCUAAUUCACUGUCCAAUCUACUUGUUGACAGAGAUGUUUAACUUCCUAUUUUUCUCUCCUUAUUCUCAACAGGUGCAGGUGGGCACCUCCCAUCAGGAGCAGAGAGUUGUGGGAUACCUCACCUGCACUCAUCUGCACGCCAUUGAAGGUAUUUUUAUGUUUACAGUAUACAGUACAGUACAUGCUCACACACCAAUACACUUUACUAAUUGGAUCCUAGCUUCUCCUUCCUAGUGUCUGAAUAGUAAAGAAUAGGUAAAUGGAACACAUUUUGGGGAAUAAAAAAGCAUUUGAGAGUCAAAUCAAAGUUUAUUGGUAGCGUACAAAUAUUUGCAGAUGUUAUCGCAGGUGCAGCGAAAUACAAUAACAUACACACAGCAAUACAACAAUAAUACACAUAUUAUCCAAAAAGUUUGGGAGUUUCUCCCAUUCUUCUCUGCAGAUCCUCUCAAGCUCUGUCAGGUUGGAUGGGGAGCGUUGCUGCACAGCUAUUUUCAGGUCUCUCCAGAGAUGUUUGAUCGGGUUCAAGUCCGGGCUCUGGCUGGGCCACUCAAGGACAUUCAGAGACUUGUCCCGAAGCCACUCCUGCGUUGUCUUGGCUGUGUGCUUAGGGUCGUUGUCCUGUUGGAAGGUGAACCUUCGCCCCAGUCUGAGAUCCUGAGCACUCUGGAGCAGGUUUUCAUCAAGGAUCUCUCUGUACUUUACCUCAAUCCUGACUAGUCUCCCAGUCCCUGCCGCUGAAAAACAUCCCCACAGCAUGAUGCUGCCACCACCAUGCUUCACUGUAGGGAUGGUGCCAGGUUUCCUCGAGACGUGACGCUUGGCAUUCAGGCCAAAGACUUCAAUCUUGGUUUCAUCAGACCAGAGAAUCUUGUUUCUCAUGGUCUGAGUCCUUUAGGUGCCUUUUGGCAAACUCCAAGCAGGCUGUCAUGAGCCUUUUACUGAGGAGUGGCUUCCGUCUGGCCACUCUACCAUAAAGGCCUGAUUGGUGGAGUGCUGCAGAGAUGGUUGUCCUUCUGGAAGGUUCUCCCAUCUCCACAUAGGAACUCUAGAGCUCUGUCAGAGUGAGCAUCGGGUUCUUGGUCACCUCCCUGACCAAGGCCCUUCUCCCCUGAUUGCUCAGUUUGGCUGGGAGUCUAGCUCUAGGAGUCUUGGUGGUUCCAAACUUCUUGCAUUUAAGAAUGAUGGCGGCCACUGUGUUCUUGGGGACCUUCCAUGCUGCAGAAAUGUUUUGGUACCCUUCCCCAGAUUCCUUCGACCUCAUGGCUUGGUUUUUGCUCUGACAUGCACUGUCAACUGUGGGACCUUUAUAUAGACAGGUGUGUACCUUUCCAAAUCAUGUCAAAUCAAUUGAAUUUACCACAGGUCGACUCCAAUCAAGUUGUAGAAACAUCUCAAGGAUGAUCAAUGGAAACAGGAUGCACCUGAGCUCAAUUUCGAGUCUCAUAGCAAAGGGUACUUAUGUAAUUAAGGUAUACUUAUUUAAUUAAGGUAUUUCAGUAUUUUUCAUAGAUUAGCAAAAAUGUCUAAAAAACUGUUUUCUCUUUGUCAUUAUGGGGUUUUGUGUGUAGAUUGCUGAGGAUUUUUAAAAAAAAUCCAUUUUAUAAUAAGGCUGUAAUGUAACAAAAUGUGGAAAAAGUCAAGGGGUCUGAAUACUUUCCAAAGGCACUGUAUGAUGGUGUGUAUAGACAGUAUGGACAGUAUAUGAAUAGAAAAGAUGUGUACAGAAGUAGUUAUAUAGGAUGAGUCUUGACUAGAAUACAGUGCUGUGAAGACAAAAAAGUUCACACAGGGGAAUUGGGUGUUGCAUAACUUUGAGAGCCAUGCGGUUGAGGGUGGUGCAGUUGCCGUACCAGGCGGUGAUGCAGCCCAAAAUAAUGCUCUCGAUGGUGUAUCUGUAGAAGUCCGUGAGGGAAUUUCUUCAGCCUCCUGAGAUUGAAGAGGGACUGUUGCGCCUUCUUCACCACAGUGUCGGUGUGGUGGGACCAUUUCAUGUGCACGUCAAGGAACUUUAAGCUUUUGACCCUCUCCACUGCGGCCCUGUCGAUGUGGAUGGGGGCAUGCUCUCUCUGCUGUCUCCUGUAAUCCACGAUCAGCUCCUUUGUUUUGUUGACGUUCAGGGGGAGGUUAUUUCCGCCAGGGCACUAACCUUCUCCCUGUAGGCUGUGUCGUCGUUGUUGAUGAUCAGGCCUACCACUGUUGUAGAUCUGUUGGGGCAAUAUGCGAGUUGUAGUACAUCGAGGGUGUUGGGUAAGUUGAUAUGGUCCUUGAUUAGCCUCUCAAAGCACUUCAUUGUGACAGAAGUGAGUGCUACGGGGCGAUAGUCAUUUAGUUCAGAUACCUUCGCUUGCUUGGCUACCGGAACAAUGGUGGACAUCUUGAAGCAAGUGGGGACGACAGACUGGGAUAGGGAGAGAUCUGAGUAAUUGUACACGUGAAUGUGUGAACACAAUAGUCGUAGACAGAUGGUGUAAGAUGGAUGGUGUGUGUAGUAGCCUAUUCUGCUUUCUACCUCGGAGCAGAUAAAUGGAUGCAUCAAACCUGCAUACUUGCUCUGCACACAUGCUCUGUUCCCAUGGCGACGGGCUCAAGCUGUUUUAAGAGUCAGGCCUAUUUAAAGCCUCUGGUCUCUGGGUCUCAUUUUUUACCAAGACAGAUCUCCCUGCUAUUUUUGGAGCCUCCCACACCUCUGAGAGUCUGCUCUCUGGGCUAACUAUAGAACAAGGGCUAUUUCUAAAGACAAAUGAAGUAUAGGGAUGAGAGAACAAGAGAGGCCUUAUUAUGUUCUGGGUGAUGCUUUACACAGUACAUAACCCAUCUAUAUUUCAUGUCCCAUUUUCCCCUCUUACUACUUGUUCUGUGUGUAUGUGUGUGUGUAUUUCUGCUUUUACUUCUGUUUAUUUUGGCCUUUGCUGCUUAUAACCCAUGUUUUCAUUGUCUUGUUGACUCAUAAAUGAUCAGCAUUGAAUAGACAUCGUUGAGGGUUCCAGACCACCCCUGCUCUACCCACACACAGAUCUGUUUAGUAGCAUGGUCAUCCUCGCUGGCCACAGGGAGCCUCCCCAUUUCCCAGCCAGCAGCACAUAGUGACCAUUAUGCAGUGUGCUGUAAAUACUGUUUGAGUACACUCUCUGUAUUUUUUCUCCCUCUCUCCUUGUGUUGCAGCCAAAAUCCCAUCUAAAGCUAAGCCACUCACAUUUAGUAUUUCAAUCCCCCCUCCUCUCUCUUUCUCUCUCUCUCCCUCUAUCUCUCUCUCUCGCUCUCCCCCACUAUUUCUCUCUCUCUGUCUCUCUCUACGUCCUUUAGGAGAUGCAGCUGUGCGUUGUGAGCAGUUGGAUCUGCUCUUGGCGUGGGGGGCAGAUUUCCGCAAGGCGACGUCCCGCCCCUCGGAGGAGAAGGGUCUGGAGGACCAGGUGGCCUUUGAUGUUGUCCUCGGCGACCUCAAUUUCGACAACUGCUCUUCAGGUAGCUAGCUGUCUGACUGUGUGAAAAGCUUCUAUUCUCUGACAUCCUGCAGAAAUUGUAUGUGUGGGUAUUGUACCUAUCAUUCCAUGUAUCUGGAAUAAUGACUGGUGGAUUUGGACAGACAAGCCCCUCUUUGUUUCUCAUUGUAUCCCUCCAUUUCAGAGGAUAAACUGGAGCAGCAGCAUUCCCUCUUCUCCCAGUACAAGGACCCGUGUCGCCUGGGGCCAGGGGAGGACAAGUCAUGGGCUCUGGGUGAGUGGACAGGAGUUUGGGCUGGUACUGGAGGGAGUGGGUGUGCUUGUGUCAGGGAACUAGGCUUUGUCUCUUUAGAAAAAACGUGAUUUCCUAUAGCAGCCAAUCUGGGCACACACUGUGCAGACCAAAAUAAGUACAAUAGAUGAUGGGACAUCAGCAAUGCUGGCAUAAACCUGGAGAAUGAUGGUCUGGAACCGAAUCUAAAGGAGAAGGAACAUUAUCUAGGACACUCAGUGAUGUUUGGAAAGUGAUAUAUGCUGUGAUGACAGGGAGAUGGUAGGAUGGAUGUUGGCAUAUAUUCAACCAAGCCAAGUUUAUUGUGCACUAGAGCCAAUGUGUAGAUAUAUGGGAGUUAUGUUAAUCACUGUGAGUCACCAUGUUCUCCUUCUCAUCUACUGCUCAUUUAAACGUUGUCUCGCACAGACUCCUCCUUGUGGGAGACGUCAUUAGCCUAAGACUAGGUCCUCAGAGGUCCUCAUUACUGAUACUGCACAUUUGUUUGCUGACCACAAUUCUUUAAAUUAACAUUUUAGAGGUCCGGGUAGAGAUCUGUUAUGUCACAGAGGAGGAAGAUACUGGAGUGUUCUUUUUUUUAGCCCAACUACAGUUCAUCCAUUUGUGUUAUUGUUGAGUUUUCAAGAAAUUAUAGAGAAAACAGGCUUCAGAACUACAGGUUUUUAUGAGCUGCCAACCAUUGUCAGAUUAUGCAAUUGGUCAGGUGAACUCAAAUGCCUCCCUGUCAGCUGUUCUCUAACCCAGUUGUGUGUGUGUGUAUGUUAACAGGAACCCUACUGGACACCAGUGGGCUUUAUGACGAAGAGGUCAGUUCACCAGAGAGUUUACAAAAGUAAGUAAAACAACCAGUAUCAACUCACACACAGACAUAACAAUAAUAUUAAUAAUAAUAAUAAUAACACAUAGUACAUAGAAUACAUAGUACCCAGCUCGCACAUUUGGUUCCUUGGAAGUUGUGGGAACAUACAGUGGGGAAAAAAAGUAUUUAGUCAGCCACCAAUUGUGCAAGUUCUCCCACUUAAAAUGAGAGAGGCCUGUAAUUUUCAUCAUAGGUACACGUCAACUAUGACAGACAAAUUGAGAAAAAUAAAUCCUGAAAAUCACAUUGUAGGAUUUUUUAUGAAUUUAUUUGCAAAUUAUGGUGGAAAAUAAGUAUUUGGUCACCUACAAACAAGCAAGAUUUCUGGCUCUCACAGACCUGUAACUUCUUCUUUAAGAGGCUCCUCUGUCCUCCACUCGUUACCUGUAUUAAUGGCACCUGUUUGAACUUGUUAUCAGUAUAAAAGACACCUGUCCACAACCUCAAACAGUCACACUCCAAACUCCACUAUGGCCAAGACCAAAGAGCUGUCAAAGGACACCACAAACAAAAUUGUAGACCUGCUCCAGGCUGGGAAGACUGAAUCUGCAAUAGGUAAGCAGCUUGGUUUGAAGAAAUCAACUGUGGGAGCAAUUAUUAGGAAAUGGAAGGCAUACAAGACCACUGAUAAUCUCCCUCGAUCUGGGGCUCCACGCAAGAUCUCACCCCGUGGGGUCAAAAUGAUCACAAGAACGGUGAGCAAAAAUCCCAGAACCACACGGGGAGACCUAGUGAAUGACCUGCAAAGAGCUGGGACCAAAGUAACAAAGCCUAGCAUCUGUAACACACUACGCCGCCAGGAACUCAAAUCCUGCAGUGCGAGACGUGUCCCCCUGCUUAAGCCAGUACAUGUCCAGGCCCGUCUGAAGUUUGCUAGAGUGCAUUUGGAUGAUCCAGAAGAGGAUUGGGAGAAUGUCAUAUGGUCAGAUGAAACCAAAAUAGAACUUUUUGGUAAAAACUCAACUCGUCGUGUUUGGAGGACAAAGAAUGCUGAGUUGCAUCCAAAGAACACCAUACCUACUGUGAAGCAUGGGGGUGGAAACAUCAUGCUUUGGGGCUGUUUUUCUGCAAAGGGACCAGGACGACUGAUCCGUGUAAAGGAAAGAAUGAAUGGGGCCAUGUAUCGUGAGAUUUUGAGUGAAAACCUCCUUCCAUCAGCAAGGGCAUUGAAGAUGAAAUGUGGCUGGGUCUUUCAGCAUGACAAUGAUCCCAAACACACCGCCCGGGCAACGAAGGAGUGGCUUCGUAAGAAGCAUUUCAAGGUCCUGGAGUGGCCUAGCCAGUCUCCAGAUCUCAACCCCAUAGAAAAUCUUUGGAGGGAGUUGAAAGUCUGUGUUGCCCAGCGACAGCCCCAAAACAUCACUGCUCUAGAGGAGAUCUGCAUGGAGGAAUGGGCCAAAAUACCAGCAACAGUGUGUGAAAACCUUGUGAAGACUUACAGAAAACGUUUGACCUGUGUCAUUACCAACAAAGGGUAUAUAACAAAGUAUUGAGAAACUUUUGUUAUUGACCAAAUACUUAUUUUCCACCAUAAUUUGCAAAUAAAUUCAUUAAAAAAUCCUACAAUGUGAUUUUCUGGAUUUUUUUUCUCAUUUUGUCUGUCAUAGUUGACGUGUACCUAUGAUGAAAAUUACAGGCCUCUCUCAUCUUUUUAAGUGGGAGAACUUGCACAAUUGGUGGCUGACUAAAUACUUUUUUCCCCCACUGUAUGGGGGAAAAAAUGUCACCUGUUCUACGAAUGUGCAUUCGUAGAACAUGGGUGGUUUUAGGGACCACCCAUACGUAAAAAUGUAUGCGCACAUGACUGUAAGUCGCUUUGGAUAAAAGCGUCUGCUAAAUGGCAUAUUAUUAUUAUUAUUAUUAUUAUUAUUAUUAACGCUCUGAGGAUGGAAAUUAUAGGUUAUAUGAAGGUAAUUAAAUAACAUUCUGAGAAAAUUCUCUAAAUGUUGUGAAGGUUUUGUUAUGGUUAUAUAUAUGAACAUUUUCUUUACACGCUAAGAACUAAAUGUAAAGGUUAUUUGGAGGUAUUUGACUUCCUUAAAACUUUCAAUGAAUGUUUCAAUAACACAUUUAAUAACACUGCUAGCUUAUUUUGAGUUAACUUUUAUGAACUCCAAGCACAGAUAGAGUAGGACACAUGGAAAUUAAUUUGCUUAGGCAUUAAUCAUGCAAACAGUUUUUUUUGUACUGUCUAUUACGGCAUCAGUGAGAUUCGAAUCAAUGAUUUUCUGACAUAAAAGAGAACCAUACAUUCUCUGAACAUUCUGAGAACAUUGCUUAAGUCACACAAUUUUUUGAACAUUCCCAGAAUAUACUAAAUAUAUUACAUUAAAUAGGACCUCAUCGGAACUUGUGUGGAAUGUUCCGUAGAAGUACUGAAAUUCCCACAGAAGAAUGUUGUUUCUAAACGUUCCUCUGAGAAUUAAAAAAAGAACAUUACUUUACAGAGAACCAUGAGGAAACCUGUGGGAAACGUUAUGCUGAAGAACUUAAAUUCCCACAGAAGAAUGUGGUUUCUUAACAUUCUCUGAACUAUUUGAAAACAUUCCCAAUGUCAAACCGGAUGGAGAACAUUCCUAGAACAUUACCAAAAUUGAAAUUAAAUGCAACCAUGUUUGAGCUUUUAGGAAACAUUCUGUUAAGGUAAUGAAAUAACAAGAAAAUACUAAUCUUUUCCCUUAAAUGUGCUGAGAAUGUUCCAAAGCCAAGCAACUAUCCUGCACCUUUCCCAGAAAGUUGUGGGAAGGUUGUAUGCAAAAUAAACAAUAGAACAACCACGUUCUCACCAAGCUCUAAGAAACAUAUGGUUUUCAGAAUGUUAUGUGCUAGCUGUGUAUUCAUGGCUGUUGAAGUCUUUAAGGUGUUUUUAAGUAAAUGGUUGAUUGUUUUCAUUGUCAGAGUGAUGGAGAAUGAGGAGGGAAGGAAGGAAUACUUGGUGUUCCCUACAAAUAAAAACCACUGUCCUAAUCAGACGGGCAGAAAGAUCCCCCUGAAAGGCAACGGGAGGAGGAUUGACUACAUCCUUUACAGUGAGGAGGUGCAGCAGGACUGGAAAGUGGUACGUUCAUUGCCAACUAUGGAUACCCUCAAGAUUCGAAGGAGGUUGAGAUGUAGAAACACACAAAGGGAGGAAACUGGGCAUAACAGCACAAGAGCCGAUCAAGACCAGAUUAAAUGAACUGGGAAAGAAGGGUUAGGGUUAGGACAAUGUUUUCAUCACAUUUUGGUUAUGGAUCAAAGAGGAUUAGAAAACCAAAAUGAAUUUAAUUGCAUAGAUUGCAAAUCUGUGCUCGACAACAUCUUGUUUUUCUCAUUAUGAAUCGUGGCACUGAACUGCCACCUUGUGAUUAAAUUUAGCUAUGGCAAGAAUUCUGAAUGACAUAAAUUCUCAGAUACACCAUAUUUUCAAGGAGAAUAUGCACAAUGGCUCAGAAGAUUAUGAUUUAAAAUACGCUGUGUUGUAAUCUAGUAUUAUGAUAACGUGAUAUAAUUAAUCUGUAAUCCCAUAAUGUUGUAUUAUGAAAUGAUGAUGAUGUCAUUUACCUACUCUCUGUUGCCACCUGCAGGACAUUGAAGAGUUUAGCUUCAUCACCCAGCUGGCCGGCCUCACUGACCACCUGUCUGUGGCCAUGCGUCUGGCUGUGUCCACAGGAGAGGAGGAGCCUUAGGCCCACACCCUUUAUACUGCCACGGAGGAAGAACGAGGACGGAAGAGAGAGAGAAGGCAAGGAACUCAGGCCUGAGAAAGACAGAGCUUGAAAAAGGAGAAUAAAUGGAUGGACAUAAAGAAGAAUAAUUAAAGUAGCAGACACAGAGGAGUCAUGUGAUCCAGAGAGAACCUGGUGGAGAGAGAUAAGAGAGUGGUUGUUGUGUGUGUCAGAGUUCUGGACUGGGCCCAAUGCGGACCUGAGGGACUGAGCCAAAGACUCACACAAACACACACAGUCUCAGUUUAACUCACGCACCUCCAGGUCACCACUGUACCAUGUAUCACCUCUGGGCCUCAUGGACUAUCAGGUCCCUGAUGAUGGAGUCCCAAUGAUUGAUUUACUAUCAAUAAUUUCCUGUAUUUAGAUACUUUUAUGUUUUUAGGCCUAAUUUAUGUCUGACCUUUUUAUGUUUUUCCUUUUUGGGCUCGGAAGCGUCUGAUCUUUGUUCUUUAUUUAAUUUAAAACAGUGACAUCAGACUUCUCUUGACUCAUGGAAUAUAGAGUGUAGCCUGGCUUACUGUGGCCCUCUUUGUCUCUGUGUUGGUUUGUUUGUUCCUCUCUUAUCUUAACCCCAAUUCAAGGAACCUCAGCAAAAGUGUAUUUUUUCUAACUCUUUCUAAUGGUUUCUAUGGUCACUGUACCAUCUUUGUAGGAAGUUGAAACACCCGCAUUUAAUACUAUUUUAUGAAAACUAACAUCUGAAAGGGAUAUUUUCGGGGCCAAUCUGACCGGCAUCUCAUGGGUCAGUGGCGGUUGGUUGGUUGUUAUGCAGAGCUGAGCAGUGAGGAGCACCUGAUAUGAUUAGAUAAGAGGAACUUAGUUAGGAGGGCC